UUUCAGAUCAGAUUAUUAAGCGAAAUACACUCAAGAGAUUCAUGAAAAAAUCGAAAUUGCGUAAAUGUGUUGGCGAUUCACUCGACAUUAACUGAUUGUAGUUUAAAUAAGUUUUAAUAAAUCCUCAAAAAAUUCGUGAAUAAUUAGAAAUUGAAAGCCUCAAACUGACGAUUACCCGAUUUUCGUAGUUAAUUAGAAAUCACACGAGAACAAUACAAGUCAAGAAGAACAGAAAAUGGACGGCUGGUCAUUGCUGUUCAAAUCGGUCAAGAGAGAGAUCGAGGAAAAAUCCGAUGUUUUUAUAGCAUUCGUACACUGGCAGCUAUUACAUGCCGGAUUUAAAUGCCUUGGAAUCGGCGAUGAUAAAACAUUGUCAGAUUUAGACGAAGAGUCGGAAGAAUUGCCUGAUGGAUGGAACAUGAACAAAGUCGCAUAUUCUCUACGAUAUAAGUAUGACAAAGAUGUGUUCGUUCUGAUCGGAACGGUGGUUGAUGAUGGCUGCAUGGUGCUAAAUCUUUUGAAUGGAAAGUCAUUGGAAGUGUCGAACACAGAAUUCGUUUUGGAUCGAACUGUUGUCUCGCUGACAGGAAAGCUCAACGUCUUAAUACCAAACUUUGCCAACGUCACCACUCGUUUACAGAACGAUCUUAUCGAACCGGUACUCUCUACGACCAAGAAAAUGCCAGAGACUCAAACCUCCCAAUUAAUACAACCGGAUAUACCGUCAAACAACUUGUGGUAUCCAAUGCCGCCAUGGUCUCCCUAUUUACCACCAAGACCGUCGAACGAAGUUUUUAGUAAUGAAUCAUAUCGUUUGUAUCAUGAUUGGGGGCGUACACCGCUUUUAUCUCCAUUUGGAUUACCAACACCAACUCUGCCACUCAGUCCACUUAAUCCACAAGAAUUGUCACCAGCUGUACCAUGGAACUAUAAUCCUCCACCAGGUCUGGAAAUGAAUUGGCUUAAUCAGCCAGGACCGUCAGGAUUUAUAGCAAAUCAUCCAGUUGUUCCACCAGCUGUCUCAGUCCAUCAGCUUGUUUCACCUGAUGUACAGCCAGCUGCCUCAGUUCAUACUUUUAUUCCAGUCUUUGGACAUCGGCUAAAUAGAGUUGCACCGCCUCCAGAAGAUGUACCACAACCACAGGCUGCACCAAUUCCUGCAUUUAUUCCACCAGACGUUGGUGGACACGGGCGAAGAAGACUUCCAUAGACUUCUAUAUUCCGACGGUAUUUUACCAAGUGACCGAUUCGAUCUUUUCAAUCAGCUAAAUUUAAGAUUUUAACCUACUUCUGGGUGAUUUAAUGUUCAUACGUUCGUGUAAAUAGACUAAGUUCAACAUCAAUCAAUUAACGAAAAAUUAAUUCAAUCAAACGAUUAAUAAAGUUUUAAUUCUGAAUGCGAA